CCUGGGCCGGGCGGCUGCGCGCUCGCAGCGCGGGUCCCCCGGCACUGGUCUCCCGGCGCGGGCGCGGGGCGCCAUGCUGCUGCGCCCGGUGAUCGGGAAGCUGCAGCACAAGCGCGUGGUGUUGGCCAGCUCCUCCCCGCGCCGCCGGGAGAUCCUCAGCAAUGCUGGCCUCAGGUUCGAGGUGGUCCCGUCCAGGUUCAAGGAGCAGCUGCACAAGGGCUCGUUCGCCGGCCCGCAGGCGUACGCCAUGGAAACGGCCAAGCAGAAGGCGCUGGAGGUGGCCGACCGGAUGCACCAGAAGGACCUGCGGGCUCCGGACGUGGUCAUCGGAGCUGACACAAUCGUGGCGGUCGGGGGGCUGAUCCUGGAGAAGCCGGUGGACAAGCAAGACGCCUACCGCAUGCUGUCGAGGCUCAGCGGGAAGGAGCACAGCGUGGUCACGGGCGUGGCCAUCGUCCACUGCUGCACAAAAGACGGUCAGCUGGACACUGAGGUGUCCGAGUUCUACGAGGAGACCACGGUGAAGUUCUCGGAGCUGUCCGAGGAGCUGCUGUGGGAAUACAUCGACAGCGGGGAGCCCAUGGACAAGGCCGGCGGCUACGGGAUCCAGGCGCUGGGUGGGAUGUUGGUGGAGUACGUCCGCGGCGACUUCCUCAAUGUGGUGGGCUUCCCGCUGAACCGCUUCUGCAAGGAGCUGGCACGCCUGUACCACACACCCCGGGCCCCCGGCACCCCGCAGCCGGUCCAGCACGACUCCAUCCCAGCUGUCGACACGUUCGAGGAUCUCAGCAAUGCUGAGGGAGGCGGCUCUGACCCCGCUCGAGCCAGCGGGGGCCUGCAGGCUGGCGGGGCGCGGCAGCAGGCUCCCCGCACCCAGGAGGCGGACCUGAACGGGGUGACGGUCAGCCAGCCCGGGCUCCCCGCGGGCCUCCUGGAGCUGAUGGACGGCUUCAAAGCAUCCAAGGUCCUGCUCACGGCUUGCAAGCUCCAAGUGUUCGAUGUACUGAAAGACCGAGGACCCCUGUCAGCCACAGACGUCGCCCGCGAAAUCGACGCCUCGGUGGGCGGCACCGCGCACCUGCUUGACGUCUGUGCAGCCCUGGGGUUGCUGGACAAGUCAGACAGAGGUUACAGCAACACGGAGACGGCCAGCCUGCACCUGGCGUCGGACGGCGAGCAGUCUCUCCACGGCCUGGCCGCCUACCACGACGGGCCCGUCUGGGACGCCUUCACGCACCUGGGCCGGGCCAUGCGGGAGGGGGCAGCGUGGACCCCAGAGCCGCUGCUGCAGGGCCCCGACAAGUGGAGCACAGAGGCGACCCUGCAGUUCAUGAGGGCCUCGCACGGCCUCAGCAAGCUGACCGCCCAGCACGUGGCCACGGCCUUUGACCUGUCCCCGUUCACCUCCGCCUGCCACCUGGGAG